UUUCAAAUGAAUUGCUUGAAUUACUUUGAUCAAAGCCUUCUUCUAUAAUAACAAUUGAUUCUCCAACAGAUGUUAAUUUAUAAUCAGAUGUUAAAGUAUUUAAAAAUACUAAUCAUUAGGGCUUCUUAAAGACAAUCUAUUCCAACUUCAAAAAUAUCAAUCGAAAAAUAAAUAGAAACAGAAAUAACUAAUUCUUAAUUAUCCAAGCAUGAUGACACUAAUCCUAUUCAUCCAUAACAAGAAUAAAAUAGAAAAUCUAAAUCACUUAAAUCAUAGUAAAAAAAAGAAAUCAAAAAAUCAAAGAAAUAAAACCACAACAAUGUUUAACCAGAUGAACACCCUAAAAUAAAGAAAGUGUUUCUUUCAAUGAUGGAUAUUAAAGAAGUACAAUAUAAAAAGUAAACAUCAAUUUAAAUAAGUUAGAAGUAAAGCUGAAAACAAAAGAGAUAAUUAAUAAAACGAAACUCAAUUAGUUAAUGCUAAUAUGUGAC